CAUCAGAGUCGUAACCAAGUCCAGACGAUUCCUGUGCGUGCAAGCCAUGGGUGCAUAUCACAAGAUGCGCAGUGACGACGAGGUCGAGCCGCCAGAGCCAACGGCAACGCAAGUGAGCGACUUGUCAUUGCGCGAAAGACUCGGCACGUGCACCGUUCGAGAGAACGAAGCGCUCGCGAUUUUAGACGACAUCGAGUCCAUCGCCCGCGAUAAUGCGUUGGCCGAUGCCGACGAAGAUGCGGCAGCGGUCAAGCCCCUCCUCAUGAACGCCUUGUUCCCAGAUGCGACGGAAGUUUUCGACAACCCGGGGUUCCUCUUGUGCUGCUAUCUACCCGGCGCCCCGACGGCCGAGACCAUCAAGUCCGUUCUCGCGCACCUCGAGAUGGAGGUUCGGCCCACGGGUACACGCGCCGAAGGACGCGUUUAUGACGCCAUCGUGUCCUCUGCCACGUACGACCAAGAUGUGGCAGCCCUCACAAAAUUUACGAAGUUGAGCGACAAGGAGAGCAAGGAUCGGAAACGUGACGCACAAUACCACCGCAAUCAGCAGCGCGACGUCAACCGCAUCGCGCGGCACAUCGUCAAGGUCAUGGCUGCUCAGGCCAAGAAGAAGAAGCCCACCAGCAUCCAGGAAGUGCUCCGCGCCAACGUCUUUGCGGACACGGGCAGAGUUCGUCGCGACACGUCGGCCAAGUCGCCCACCCGCGGCCAGGCAGCGCUUUGGGCGGCGCAAUUGAAGGUGCUACAGGGAGUCGUGCGCCACUUCCAGGUCAAGUACCCGUUGUGGGCAGCCUGGAACGAUGCCAAUGGUGAAGCGCCGUCGCCGCCCGCGCAGCCAGCAGAGCCAACCAUAGUGACGCGCAAGCGGAAGAAGACCGCCGUCGUCCCGACGCAAACGGUGACAGCGCCAGCUGACGUCAUCGACCUCACCUCAUCGUCCGACGACGACGCUGUACUCAGCCCCCCAGCAUACCGCCGCAAGAUGCAUUGGUCCCGGAAGGCCAUACGACGCAUUGGCGAAGAUUGAUGCCGUAGCUCACGAAUCGAUAAUCUACAUUUACCAAGUGCAUUAUUGGCAAGUAUCA